UGGACAGCUAACUGCUACUUAGGGUCCAUAUAUAGGAGGUUACAUGACUAAAGAGACAGAGAGACAAUAAACAAGAGCUGAGAUCAACUUGAUGAGCUGUCGUUGUCGUUGGUCUUUCGUUAUGACCUCUAGUAUGCCACAGGUACCGGUGAUGGAUGAUGAAGACACCCUCAGCAUAGAUGAAGAAGAAUCUCUACCAUUGACAAACACCAGUGAAGUUCAACCCAGUGGCAGUGCUACAGCUAUGCUCAAUCACUUUGCGGGAGGUGGGGUUGGAGUUGCUCCAGUUUUACCCUUGCAUGUACUACGACCAGCAGUAUUUUCAAGGAAAUCUUCCAUUCAGGAUAACGAGGGCAGUACGUUCAAGAAGUCGGUGAACCCAAGAGUCAGCUGGGAGGAGGAAUUGGGAGUUCGGAUGAAGAACACAAAAUCCAGGGUUGGCAUGAGAAAGAAGAAGUCAGCGAAAUUGGAUGCGGAUGAGCAAUUAAGCGAAGAUGUAGCCAAACUUACAGCUUCGACCUCAAGGUAUAGUCAAGAAGAUCUACAAGCACCGAAAAAAUAAGGGUGUUCUCGAAUAUCGAGUGAAGUGGGUUGGCUAUGACGGUCCACAAGAUGAUACAUGGGAACCACUCCGCCACCUCACGAGUGAACACUCACAAGCAAUGCUGAGAGAUUAUCGGACUUCUUCAAGUGCCAAAUAAGCCAGUAGACAUGCAGACAUGAUGAGUUGUUUAAUUAUGCGACAAUGUUACUACACAAA